CCUCUUCCACAGCAGACCACAGGCAGACUCUCGUGCGGAGCUAGUCGGCAAACCAGAGUGUGGGAAGAAGGAUAGGGAUGGCGAAAAUGACGUCGUUGUUGCUCUGGACGCUGGUCCUCUUCAGCACUCUCGCUCUCAUCCAGGCCAAGAAGUCGAAGGAGGAUUUGAAAGAAGUGACACACAAGGUUUAUUUCGACGUCGAAAUUGAUGGAAAGCCUGCCGGUCGUGUUGUAAUCGGUCUUUAUGGGAAGACAGUUCCAAAAACUGCAGAAAACUUUCGAGCUCUUUGCACAGGGAGAAAGGAACUGGAAAAUUGGAAACCUCUCCAUUACAAGGGCAGCACAUUCCACAGGAUUAUUCCUAGCUUCAUGAUCCAAGGAGGUGAUUUUACCCACGGCAAUGGAAUGGGCGGUGAGUCAAUCUAUGGAGAGAAGUUUGCUGAUGAGAACUUCAAGCUGCACACCGGACCAGGACUUCUAUCAAUGGCAAACGCUGGUCCUGAUACCAAUGGUUCGCAAUUCUUCAUCACAACGGUGACAACUAGCUGGUUGGAUGGAAGGCACGUCGUGUUUGGAAAAGUGAUUUCUGGAAUGGAUGUGGUUUACAAGAUCGAGGCUGAAGGAAGGCAAAGUGGCACUCCCAAGAGCAAGGUCGUAAUUGCUGAUAGCGGUGAACUCCCAUUAUAAAUGCAUGCACUUUCUAUGUUUCAAUCAGCAUCUCUCCAAAAUGAUCCUUUUUCCUUUACUACUGCAUCUACGAGACAUUUAUAAACAUGUAGUAAACUAUUAGUAGAUCAGUGAUUGUGAAAUAGACUCAGGACCCGUUUGGAACUUAUAAGUUGUUUUUCAACAGUGAUUUACGGAAUACAAGAUAAGUAUGUGA